AUGGCGCGACACGUUACCACAAGCCACGUUAUUAAAGCAAGGUACCCACCGGCGAGCACCGUAUCGACCGGACGACAGACGCCGCCACGCCGGGAGCAUCGGAGCGCAAUCAUGUCAGGCGCGCAAGGAGCUCAGCCGAAGGGCGCCUUCACGGCGACCACCUACACGUCGGCGCCUGCGACCACGGGUGGCGGCGUUGCCCAGGGCCAGGAGAGACGGCAGACUCGGCGGACGGAGCUCCGAUCUGGCUUGGACGAGCGCGGGCUGCCUGUCAGGAACCUGGAGGACACGGUCGAGGAUGCCGCGGGCAAGGGCGGGCCGGUGUUCGGCGCCGGCACGGAGGACGGGAAGCAGGAUCUCGGCGUCACCGGCACCGGCUGA